AUGCAGCAAAAGGCCGACUCCGCCAGCCACAAAACCGCCAGCUCCGCCGAAUCCGCCAAGGAAGGCGCCCAGCAAAAGGCCGCCGCCGGCCAGGAGAAGGCCGCCAGCGCCGCGGAGACGGCCAAGGGCAAGGCCGAGUCCGCGGCCGAGGCCGCCAAGGACAAGGCCUCCCGGGCCGCGGACUCCACCAAGGAGACCCUUGGGCUGAAGGGAGAAACGGCCCAGGCGGCUAAGGACAGGACCGUGGGCGCGGCCCAGUCCGCCAAGGAGACGGCCCAAGAAGGUGCGGAUAAAGGGGCCAACCUUCUCCAGCAAACUGGUGAGUCGGUGAAGAAUAUUGCGCAGGGGGCGGUGGAUUCCGUGAAGAACACGCUUGGAAUGGGCGAGAGGAAGUGA